AUGAUUUGCACUACGUCAUUUGAACCUAUAGCAAUAAUUGGCAUGUCUUGUGAAUUCGCUGGUGGUAUCCAUACACCCAUCGAUUUUUGGCAGGCACUUGAGGAAAGUCGCGAUAUAGGCAGCGAAAUACCCAUCGAACGGACCGAUCUCUUGUCGUAUUGUGCUCACAUGCUCAAUCGAGAUAAUGGUGAAUUCAAAAGAAAGCUCAUGCGUUGCGGUUAUUUUUUACCAACAUCGGUGCUUGACACCUUUGAUGCAGGUUACUUCAAUCUCUCAGAUGGAGAGGCAGUUACGAUCGAUCCGUGUCAUCGUCUUCUCAUGAUGAAAUUCGUUCAUUUGAUUGAGGAUGCUGGCUACACUUUGGAAAAAAUGCGUUGUUCGCGUACUUCGGUGUAUAUUGGUCAAUCCUCAAAUGAUCAUGUGUUGCGAUCAGUUGGGCUCAAACCAGAAUAUCGACCACGUUUUCUCGGUACACACAUACCACUUUACAAUGCAUCAGCUCGCUUGUCCUAUCAUUUCGAUCUGCAUGGACCUAAUGUAUCUCUGGAUACUGCUUGUUCAACAGGACUUCAAGCUAUUCAUCUCGGCGUACAAGGAUUGCGCACCGGUGAAGCAGACAUGGCUGUUUGCGGCAGUGUUAAUACUGUCAUGACAUCUGCUAAUAUGCUCAGCUCUUCAAUGACAGGUGCUGUUGCUUCCGAUGGUCGAAGUCGAUCAUUUAGUUUUGAUGCCAGUGGUUAUGCGAAAGGUAUGGAUAAGACUAUUGCAAGAUGA